AUGAGAGUCGCCACCGCCUUUACCACCCUCGUGGGCCUCUGCGCGCACCUGGCCAGCGCGGCUCCCUCCCAGCCUCUCAACAUGAAGCACACCACUAUUCCCCCUUGUCAUCAAGAGUCCGAAAGAUGCCGUCUUGUCGGACCGGACCGUCGUUUUUUGAUUGCUCUUUUGAGUCCAAGCCUGGCAGAGAUUGAACGCGAAAAUAUCGAGUCGAGCUGCGGCGUCCCCCUCGAGUCGUGGAAGGUCGAAACCUUUCACGUCCCGCCCAUGGGUGAAGAUAUCGGAUGCGUUCCCGCCAUCGCCACCUUUACGCUGCCAAAGGGUCACCGUAGCGAGCCGAAGAUUUGCGUCGGCAAUGGUCUCACUAGGCCGUUUACGCAAGUUUACUGCGUAGACUGA